AUGAAUUCCCAAUCCGAUCCUAAUCAAACAGCAAUCAUCACAGUAGGAUCAACCUCAUUCGACCAACUCAUCCAAUCAACCUUAACCAUUCCAUCACUCAACUCAUUCAUCAAAUCCCACAUCACCUCAUUAAUCAUCCAACACGGUACAACACCUCCUACCAUUCCAUUCCAUCUCAUCUCAUCAAACCAACCAAACCAAUACUCAUACACCUCAACUCUCCAAGUCACUUUUUACGAUUUCAUUCAAACCAUUGAUCAUUUACUUUACACAUCUAAACUCGUCAUAAGUCAUGCAGGUUCAGGUUCGAUUCUAGCUAGUUUAGGUUUAAACUUCAAUCUAUAUCAAAGACACUUAAUCUUUAUACCUAAUCAUACUUUAAUGGAUUCACAUCAAUCUGAUCUAAUUGAAGAAAUCUCAAAAAACAAUUUAGGUCAAACUUGUGAACUCAAGUAA